UUCCAUUUUCUUGGCCUUUUUUUCUAUUAUCAUCGCGCAAUCGUCAACAAUACUCAUUCGUUUUUAUCACCGAUACACCUUCGUUUUUUAUUUUUCGUUUAUCUCGGUGGUGACGUGCAGAGUUCUGACUUCUGACUUCAGAGUUCCAAGUUCUAAUUUAUUUCCUAUUGGUUGGUCGUUCUUGGAAUCUUUCGCUUAGGAUCGCAGAACACCAAAAGCCACGAUGUGGACAUCCUCGGCCGUCUCAUAUCUCGCCUUGGGACUUGGCGCCUUGUCUAGCAGCGCAUUAGCUCAGAGCUACAAUGACAUCGCACCCAUCAAGGCUGUAGGCCAGCACUUCUUCUACUCCAACAACGGCACUCAAUUCCUGCUCAAGGGCGUUGCUUAUCAGGAGGAUUACAAUCCUAACGGUACUGCUAACAAUGCUGCCAAUACCCAGUAUACUGAUCCGUUGGCCGACGCUACGAAGUGUUCGCGCGACAUUCCUGUCAUGAAGAAGAUCUUUACCAACGUGAUCCGAGUCUAUGCUAUCGAUCCCACCCAAGAUCACGAUGAUUGCAUGGAGCAGCUGGCCUCCAAUGGCAUUUAUGUCAUUGCCGAUCUUGGUGAGCCUGGUACUUCCAUCGACAGUGACAACCCCGAAUGGAAUGUCGGUCUUUACCAGCGUUACACUGCUGUCGUCGAUUCUCUAAGUAAAUACAAGAACGUGAUCGGCUUCUUUGCUGGCAACGAAGUCAUAGAGAAGCAGAAUCAGACAUCGUCCGCUGCUUUUGUCAAGGCUGCUGUCCGGGACACGAAGGCCUACAUCAAGCAGAUGAACUACCGUGAUACUUUGGGUGUAGGCUACGCAACUGCUGAUGUUCCUAGCAGGGAUGAGCUGGCUCAUUACUUUGCCUGUGAGCCUGAAGAUGGCGUUUCUACAUCAAUUGAUUUCUGGGGCUACAACGUUUACUCGUGGUGUGGAGACAGCAACUACGAGAUCUCGUCGUAUGGUACUCGUGUCGAUUUCUUCCAGGACUAUCCUGUCCCUGCUUUCUUUGCCGAAUACGGCUGUAUUGAUGGUGUCGCGAAGGGUCACAGGCCUUUUACCGAGGUUGCUGUUCUCUACGGCAACAUGACAUCCGUCUUCUCGGGAGGUAUCGUCUAUGAGUAUUUCGAAGCGGAGAACCAUUAUGGUUUGGUCUCUAUCGAUGGCAACAGCGUUAGCCCAUACCCGGAAUACACCUCGCUUUCGUCUCAACUGGCCAAGGUCACACCGUCCCUCACACAGUCAAGCGCAUACAAGCCGUCUAACACUGCCCCCGCCUGCCCUAGUGUUGGUGGUACGACAUGGGCUGCUGCUGCGUCACCUCUUCCCCCUGCAGUUAACCCUCAGCUUUGCGAGUGUGAGGUUGCUAGCCUGCAAUGCAACAUCGAUUCUGAUGAAGAGGAAUCAUACGCCAAGGUAUUCGACUACAUCUGUGGUGAGAACCAGGACUACUGCAAAGGAAUCGCCCACAACGCUACGACUGGAACUUACGGCGCUCUUGGUGGAUGUUCUCCCAAGCAGCAACUCGCUUGGGUGGCUAACCAGCUAUACAUAAACAGCGACAACAAGGCAAGCGCCUGCGACUUCGAUGGAUUAGCCAAGACGCAAAGCCCCCAGACCUCAUCUGGCUGCCAGGCUUUGAUUUCGGCAGCUGGUACGAAUGGUGAAGGCUCUGUGGUUAGCCCGACGGGACAGCAGGGUACCGCAGCUGCAAGCAGUUCGUCCGAAGGUGCUGCUGUGGGUAACAUGAUGGCGCCCUCGUUCUUCAACUACGGCAAGGCCUUCUUUGCUGCCUACGUUAUCACUGCCCUGGUCUCAGGCGUUGGUAUGUUCAUGCUGUAAGGUAGUAAGUUGAGGAGUUGGAAGUUCUGGCACAUAGGGGGUGAGGGACAGUAAUAAGUCUGAACGUGUACUAGGAUGGCGUAUUUCCGAACUUGCGAUUGAGAACAUGAGAACAUCGUGUCCCAUUUUCUAUUAAGAGUUGAUGCGACUUGUUUUAUUACAGAAGUUAUUUUCCCCCUUCCUUUUUGUGAGGUUGUAGAUAUGGUUGUGUUAAGUCUGUAUAUGUGCCCCCUUUUCUGGUUGCUUUAAGUGAUACGGAUAGCAUAGCUAGGUUAGCUAGGUACCUAAUGUUUUGAAAGUCAACAUACGCUGGCAAUAUCUCUUUCAAUUCAAAUUUGAUGCUUCUCCUUUUCUAUCAAAAUAAUCGGCUGCAGGUAC